AUGGAUAUGUGGAACAAUAUAAGAAGAAUAAUUCAAUUAUAUGACGAUGAGGAGGACAAUGAGAGUAUCUUAAUAUUUGCUGCUCUUUUAGAAGAGCAGAACUUCUAUCAAAAGAGGCGUUGUAAGGAUUCCAUUUUACAAGGGGAAACAUAUGUUAUGGAGAUUUUAAACGGCCAUAGAGAAAGAUGUUAUGAAAAUUUUAGGAUGUACCCUGAAGUUUUCAGAACAUUGUGUAGUACCCUGAAAGUAUGUCAGUUGGGCACCCAUAUCAUUGCCCCUCCUAAUUUUUCUGUGAUUCCGAAUAAGAUUAGAGAGUCUUCUAGGUUUUACUCUUACUUCAGGCAUUGUGUGGGAGCUAUAGAUGGAACCCACAUUCCUGCAACUCUGCCAGCAAGUACACAACUUCCAUUUCGUGGUAGAAAGGGUUAUACUACACAAAAUGUAAUGGCUGUAUGUGACUUUGACAUGAGGUUCACAUAUGUGCUAGCUGGGUGGGAAGGCUCAGCUAAUGAUUCGAGAAUCCUAAAUGAGUGUACUGAAAAUGCGGCAAUGAACUUUCCAGCUCCACCAGCAGGUAAGUAUUAUUUGGUGGACUCAGGGUAUGCCAAUAAGCCUGGUUAUUUAGCCCCAUUUCGAGGUCAUACUUACCACUUUCAGGAAUACCGUAGGACUAGACAACCUCGUGGUCGGGAGGAAAUGAGAUUCGCUAUUUUGAGGGCAAUGCCUCCUUAUAAGUUUUCAACACAAGUAUUGAUUGUAAUGGCUUGUUGCACAUUACAUAAUUUCAUCAAAAAUCAGCAUCAGCCUGAUGACAUAUUUGAUGGUAAUGAUCCUCCUCAAAGUGAUGAUGAAGAUGAUGAGAUUGUUGAGCAUGUGCCUUCGGCUCAGCUUUGA